AUGCCCAGGCUGAGCCCAGGACUUCUUGUCCCUGUCAUUGUGGACCUGGAGACCCAGGUGCUGCACUCGGCAACAAGCGGCUUGGAGGCGAGUGGCGGGCAGCCGGCGUUCCCCCUAUCGGACGCGCCUCGGGGGCGGGACCGCGCUCUGAUUGGUGCUCGUCGCAACGAGGGGCGGGCUGUUCCCCCUCGGGUUUCCCUUCGCAAUGGGGGGGACCCGCCUCCUCAUUGGCUGCUGCCGUUGCCCCGGCGACGGGAGGACGCGGCGCGGCCUAGCCCCGGCUGGUCCCGCGGGAGGCCCCGCCGCCAUGGCGCAGGCCAGAGGCCGGCUGGCCAAGGAGCGCCGCACACGGUGCCCGUCUCCGACCUACCCGUGGAGGUGUGCGAGGCGGCGCUGAACAUGGGGCCCGACUCCUCCAGCGGCCUGGCCGCGGCCGCCUUCCACACUGCCAAGUCUCUGCCCCCUGAGUGGCACCAGAGCCACGCUGCGCUGUACCACAAGGCCUUCACCAGCUGCGAGCAGGCCGAGCGCGCCCGGGCCGAGGCCAAGGAGCUGGCCGAACAUGCCGCAGCCAUUGCCCAGCGCACCCAGCAGGGCUCCACGGCCGCCCUGGGCCAGCGCCUGCAGGACAUACACUUCUGGAAGGCUGAGCUCCAGAAGGAGAUUGAGGACCUUGAUGCCGAGACCAGCCUGCUGGCAGCCCAGAAGCUGCGGCUGGAAAGGGCGCUCGAUGCCACCGCGAUGCCCUAUGCCAUUGCCACUGAUAACCUGCAGUGUCGGGAGAGGAGGCAACCCCCGGACCUGAUCUGUGAUGAGGUGGAGAGAGAGUUGCUGAAGGAAGCUGAACUUAUCAGAGAUAUCCAGGAGCUUUUGAAAAGAACUUUGAUACAAGCUGUUAACCAGAUACGAAUAAAUCGAGAUCACAAAGAGGUUUGUGAAAGGGACUGGUCAGACAAAGUUGAAACGUACAGUAUUGAUGAUAAAUGUGGAAGAUACAGUAACCAGAGCACCAACAUCCAGUCCCAUCCUAGUUCAGUGAAGUUUGAAGAGAGUGCUUCAACACCAGAGACAUGGGCCAAGUUCAGUCAUGACAACAUCUGUAGGGCAGAACAAGAAAAACUGGCUUCCAUCAAUCUUCGUGUCUUGAUUGACAAUAUUCUUCAUGACAUAUCUCGGGACCUGAGGACACAGUGUGAUGCGGUUAAUGAGGCUUUUGCCAAACACUGUGAGGAGCUGGACAAUGUAAAAUACAAACUAGAGUAUCAUUUGAAAAACAUCCUUAAGGAGAUUGGAGAUCAAGAAGCUAACAUUGCUGCUCUCAAACAAGCUAUAAAAGACAAAGAAGCCCCAGUGAAAGUUGCUCAAACAAGGCUGUAUGACAGAUCUUUCAGGCCCAACGUAGAGGUCUGCAGAGAUGAAGCACAAUUCAGGUUGACCAGUGAAGUUGAAGCACUAACAGAGACCAUUGAAUCCCUGAAGAAAAAACUGCUGGAAUCUGAACAGUCUCUGGCAAACCUGGAAGACACACGGAUGAAUUUAGAAAAAGAAAUAGCUGUGAAAACAAACAGUAUUUUUAUUGAUAGGCAAAAGUGCAUGGCCCACCGCAUACACUACCCUGUUCUUAAAUUAGCAGGUUACCAGUAGUAAUCUCUGUACUAAGUAUGCAAAGUCUGGAAGAAAAAGGUGGUUUAGACUUUUUCCAUAUAAAAUACACGGGUUAUACUAUAGUGUAUUCAUUGUAUUUUCUUCUAUUUGGGUUAAAAUUAAUUAGUAUAGUAUCUUGGUGGGCUUUGAGUCUUGCCUUUAAAAGUCCUAUAAAACCUUGCCUGUAAAAGUAUAGUGAGUUUAAAAGUUUCAUUACAUCUAGAACAUAUCUAUAUAAUAUAUGCAUAAUCUGUAUCACAUAUGCAUAAUUUGCAUAGUAUGUGAUAUUUGGGGUUUUCACCCUAGUAAGUGAAUAUGUUGAGUGAAUAUUUAUUGUGGAUAAUAAUAAUAAUAUACACAGAUGUAGAUAUAACAUUUAUAGCUUGCUAGCAUUGUCAGGCAGCCUGAAAUGACAGCAAUAAAACUGCCUGCCUGACAGACGAUCACAUGAGCACCAAGGAAGCAGAUGAUAGACUUUUAAGCUGCUCAAACAUUAUUAGUAAAAAAACCAAGUUUGCACAGGUUAGAUGACAAUCUGCCUAUUGGCAAAACCGCUCCCAGUCUGUGACACCUGCUUAUGUAAUCUGAAAAUGAGUCCAAGGAUUUUUAACCUUCAAGUCAAUAAAUUUAGGGUUUUUUCAGAAAAUGAAAAAACGCUAAACAGCUUGUGAAUAGUAAUCAUGACUUUCAACUUAAGCACUUGGGUGUUGAAUUGAGCUUUUGAUCUGUUCCUGCUAUUCCCUGGAAGCAAGGCAUGUGUUUGAGCUAUUACCCAUAAUGGGGAACACAUCAGAUUCAUCUACUCCAGCAGACAAUGUACCAAAUGUCAUUCACCCAUUCACUUAGCAGGCCACUUGGUUAAAUAUGUGACAUGUGGCAAAAAAGGGGAAAAGAAGACACAGAACAGAAUUCCAUUAUGGUUUCCUCUAUUACAGUUUUUUACUUUUAAAAAGCAGCUGAUCAAAGAGAGAGAAAAAAA